UCCUUGUCAGAGAGGGGGCGAUACUGCGCUAUAGACAGACGCUAUAGAGACUGAGUGGCUCUUACUACAGAGACCUGAUGGUGGUGUGACAGUGUCGCCUGAUCAGGACGCGAUUAUACACGCUUAUACUCUUGGAUAUGUGCCUUUUAAAAUGUGAUCGAUUAAAUACUGGGACGUGUCGAAUAAUCAGAUGUAGAUUAGAUUAGACAGAGUCGACGUGCCUCCUUCCCGCGCGGCCAUCUGAAUCAUCACAGGGAUUCGUGACACGGAUUCUGCUGGACGAAUAAAAAAAAUGGCCAGAGCAUCAAGCACUUAACCAACCUCUCAGAACAAUAAAAACCAGAAUGCUACAGCACAACAACAAUAAUAACUACCCUUGCCUGGACGUGGCCCAUAGAGAGCUGCUCCAUGGUUGCAGGCGAAAUGGUACUACGUUCAGUAGUGCCCUUGGAUUCGGCGCAAUCCCGCUAAUUAAAGGUCUUAGGGCUUGGGCAGUAAGUGGAGGAUAUUCGAGAAGUAAGAGAAAAGCUGCAGCUGCUUGUCAAGCAUCUGACACAGCUCAUGAGAGCAGAAUUGGAACCAGCCAUAGGAAGACACAUUCAUGUCAUACACCUGGGGUCAGGCAAGGAGGACUUGGUGCUCUAGUGACUGUGGCCACAUUGAAGGACUCAGAUGGAGGCAGGCAAACCCAGACUCGAUGCCUCUUUCUCAAAGCUGAAGGAUGUAAUUACCUCUGUGCUGUGGGGACCAGAGUGGAUGGAAGAAAAUCUGGAAAAGGGAGUCAGGAUGGUGUGGGAAUUUGUGAUGGAAAACCUGUCAGAAAGUGGAGAAAGUCUAGCAAGAGACCUAAAUCCAUGGAGAACAUCUCAGUAGCUGAGAAUAAAAAGGGAGUUGCCUCUACAAAACUGGAACUUUUGGACAAAUGUUCCAUAACACAGUGCCUAAAGGCAAAAAGUGCCCUGACAGCGAUUAACAAUGAAGAAGAUCAUCUAAAUAGGUCACAAUUUUCCGCUCUACAUGAGAUGUGUGAACCAGCCACAUGCAGCCCUUCUACCAAAUAUGAUUCUAGUACAGAAGUGAAGGAAGACACAACACUAGCCUCUUGCCCCGAACUAAAUGAUUGUGAGGUUUUUGUUAGACAAGACACACCUAUUUCUACAAGUGACUACACAGAUAAGACCACACAAAUCAGUAAACACGAGAAUGAUCUUACAGCUGAUGUGAAUCUGAAUCAUGUUUUAAAAUCCAAGGAAAUUGGUAUGCCAAACUCUGAAGAGCAUAGUCCAGAAUUUGGAGUGGAUAUACAUAACAAAAAUGGAAUCUUAUCCACCAAUAGCCAUAGCCACUAUAACACCACAGACACCAUUAAAUAUGAGAUUGACAUUUUAGCAGAUAGACAUCUGAGUAAAUCCAAUGAAUUUGGUGUGGAGAAAUCUAAACAGCAUGGUCUAGAGUCUGAAGUACUUUCAGAGGACACCAGUAAGACAAAUGGAACUUUGUUAACCAUUAGUCAUAGCCACUGUGAGGAGACUAUCAUACCCCCUGCAUCCAGCAACCAUUCAGAUGAUACUUUAUUAACAAUUAUACAAGUGGAACAGGAGAUAAAGAAGAAAAUAGAUGACAGUUCCUUUAACCAUGACAUGGAGGAGAUUGUCCAUUUUGGUGAAAUGAAGAAAGACACGGCUAGUGCCUCUAAUCAGGACAUCAAUCAUGUGAGUGAACCAGCAGAGGAGCAUUGGGGGUCACCUGCAUGUUCUUCUCAUCAUAAGCAGCAAAUAAUCAUGGAAGUAAAUGUGACAUUUGAGGAUGGAAAAAAAUUAAACACCACAAAUGAGGCUUUUGAAGAGCUUGCUAAUUCUUUAUCACAAGGUUCUGGCUCUUUCAAUGUUGCUAAUGCUAUUACAUCCCUGCCUAAUCCGGCCCCCACCACAAACAGAACUGCCCUCAGAUCCAUAAGUAGGCAGCAACAGGAGGAGACCAAGGGUAGGAGAUUAGUACUAAAACCAGCAUUGGAGCUGCUAGAAAAGCAGGAGAGAGGCCAGGAAGCGGACAAAGUGGCGGACGAAGGGCCUGAAGUGGUGGAUGAGGAAGAUGGAGAUGAGUUUGGAGUCUUUAUGAAGGCAGGAGAUGAGCAGGUCUGGAAUGAAGGAUUCCACGAGCUCAAAAAAGUGCCUUGUGAGAAGUUUGCUGGCAUUGACACUGGAAACUCCUCUGUUUCAAAUGAACCCCCAUCCUGGAUGUCUGAUUGGACCAGAGACCUGUCAAUCAAGCAAUCAGAGGACACAUGGACUGCCUUCAAGCAGGAAGUGGUCAGCAGAGGAACAGAGAAGGAGUCCUGGUUUUCGACUGCUGUGGAAAACAUGCACCUCACACACUCAUCUCUCAUUACUGUGCCAAAUGUGUUUUUAGAAGCCUUUCCCUAUCUAAAAUCCUCCUGUGGAGAUUCUGACUGCAUUCCCACAUUGGCAGAGCUGCUGCGAGGUUCUGCAGCAGAAAACAGACCUGAAAAAAAUGGGAGGCAGAGUCUACUAGAUGGCCUUCAGGAUCUGGACCGCAUGAUUGGUGUGAAAUACAAGGUGGCAGAGUCUCUGUCCCGAAAGCUUCUCCUGCAGUCAUUGGAGUUGAGGACCCUGAAACCUGAGCGUGCAGGUGGCCAUAAACACAACAUGGCAAAGUUUUCACCAAACCUUCCAAUGUCCAACCAGCAGUUAGCGGCUAACGCUAAAAGAAGACUCUCUUAUGACAUCAACAGAAACAUCAUGUCAUAGUUUCCAAUUUUAAAUCACUCUAUUCUUCAACAGCUGGAGAAAGAAUAACUUCAGAUGAAAACAAGCAGAAUUGUUCCCUUCCCUCUGCAGUCACAUGGGAGAUUAGUUGUUGUAUAUUUAUGUCUGUUAGUAUUUUAGUAUGUCCAUUUCCCCAACAACCUAUUUAAAAAUGAAAAGUUAUCACAUGCAUCCUGAUGUUGCUAAAAGACAGACAUUCCUGGGUCAACAAGGAUCAGCUUGAUCAUAUGACAUCACCACAUUUACCUAACACUAACUAACUAUAUAAUGAACUUUGCUACUGGUUUUGAUUACACAAUAAAAGCAUUUACCUAAUGUUAGCUUGCUAGUACUUAACAUCAGAUAUCUAAUGCUGGAGAGGGAACAUUGAUAUUAGUUAAGCCAUCUAGUUAGCUGGUUAACUUAUCGAAUGUUACCAGACUAUUAUAUUAUUUCUUUCAUUCAUUCAUCAUCUAUAUCCUGUGUUGUGGUGGAUUUGGAGCCUAUCCUGAGAACACUGGGCGCUAGGUAGGAGUCCAUCACAGGACACAUAGCACACACAUUCAAACAUUCACUCACACCUAUGGGUAAUUUACCGUAUCCAAUCCACCUACCAGCAUGUUUUUGGGAGGUCGGAGGAAACCGGAGAAGAAAAGGAAAAUCAUGCGGACAGAGGGAGAACACAGGAAGAACAGAAACUCCUCACACAAACACACUAUUGUUACACAAACAGUAACAAAUGCUGUAUUAUGUACUUACAUUAUGCCUGGACAAUUAAAAGCACAGGCUAGGGAUAAUUUCACAUGAUUUAAUGAUUUCACAUGAUGCAAUAACCUAGUGACAUUCAAAUUUCUCCCUUAUUGACCCAGGGAUCAGUUGCUCAUUUUACAGAUACUUUUAUCUGAAGUAAUUUACAAGCAUAGGUAUAGAAGAAGAACAAGAGGAACAAUAACAACAACAAGAAAAAUAAUUAAAGGUCUUUUUAAGGGCUUAAUAGCAGCACGCUGAACUUAGAUUUCAAGUCACCAAUAAGGUAACUUAUUGUCCCCUGUGUGGACAAUAAGAACAUUUGGACAUUAAAAUUAUAUUUACUAGUCCUGUGCCAAAACUCGAUCCAUGCUGUUACACUUUACAUUUUCUUCUUUGUAAUGGAAGUUCCAAUAAUGCACUUAUUGUUCUGGUUCUUGUCUAUCUAAUUACACUUGUUUCAGAAUAAAUAUUUGUUGUCCAAUCUAUCAUCCUAUCUCACUGUUAAGUGAAAUGAAUGAUGAAUAUUUGGGUUUUUUCAGACCAUUAAAAUCAAACUGCUUUUAUUUUAUUUUUCAUUUGAAUCAGAAAACUGCAGUGUGCCAUUUUUACCAAAUGUGAAAUUCUGAAGAAUAAAGACUGUAUUUUCUCAGUUUGAAGAUCAUGUACUCCUGUCAACAUGUCGAUUGAUAAUAAUAAUAAAAAUGGAAUCAGUGGAUUUGA